AUGUCCCAUGAUAUGGCAAAACGCCGAGUUUUGGUGAUUGGAUCAGGUGGUGUGGGGACGAUGGUCAGUGUCGCCCUCGAAAGAUCGGGAAAAGCAUCUGUCACUUCUGUUCUCCGAUCCAAUUAUGAACAUGUGGUCAAACAUGGAUUUGAAAUUGAGUCCAUUGACCAUGGGAAACUAUCAUCUUGGCGACCGAGCGCAAUCAUCAAUACUGUCCCUCUAGCCGAUCCCAAUACCCCAUUUGACUAUGUGAUUGUUACAAUGAAGAACAUUCCUGAAGUGAACAACAUCCCCAAGAUCAUAGCUCCAGCCAUAACCCCAGAUUAUACAACGAUCGUGUUAUUCCAAAACGGAUUGUAUAUCGAACCACCAAUUAUCGCAGCAUUCCCGUCAAAUGUGGUGCUGUCAGCCCCGAGUUUCAUCGGCGCACAUGAACACAACGGUCAUGUGGUACACGACGACCAUGACAAGUUCCACAUAGGCGCAUUCCGCAACCCAUCCGUGGACGCGACAUUCGAGCGCGCUAAGCUCGAAGAGUUCGCAACAAUCUAUAAUGGGAGUAAAGUGGUCGAUGCGGAGGUCGUUGAUGAUAUUGUCUUCUAUCGCUGGCGGAAGGUGCUCUGGAAUGGCAUUUUCAAUCCAAUGUGCGCUAUCACUCAGCUUGACAGUGCUGCGAUUCGACGAUUCGGUGGCGAGCAUGGUUUGAUUAGACCUGGUAUGGCGGAGAUGGCUGCCAUUGCGAAGGCGGAUGGGUAUGAUCUCGGGCCCGGCAUUGUAGAUGAGAUGGUGGAUGUCACUCCUCUCGAGCUGUCUUUCCGGCCUAGUAUGCUGGUGGAUGUGGAUAAGGGGAAUCCCAUGGAGGUGGAGGUUAUUCUGGGAAAUGCUUUGCGUGUUGCGAAGGAGAAGGGUGUGAAUACACCGAUUUUGGAUAAUACCUACCGGUUUCUGAAGCUCACUCAGGCGCGGCUCUUGGCUGCAAGGGGAUUGAUUGUUGAGCCGAAGGAAUUGCCAAAAGUUGAUCUGAUAUAG